AUGUCGAAUAAAACAUUUUUAGUGAUUUAAUAGGCACCCUUCUGCGUCUUUUCGUCUUUGUUGUUUAAAAAUUACAUAAAUAAGUAUGCGUUCUUAAUAAACAUUUUCACCUGCUGCUGAUUAUGAUUAAUGUCUUUAAUAUGAAAUAACAUAAUAAGAAACCAAAAUGGAACCAGAUUCAACUACAUAUGAUACUGAAAACUGUAAAAAUGAAACAUUUCCUUUCCUUACAGGACCCUGCAACCUAUCUUUGUAUAAGGACUUAGUAAGGGAUUCGGGACAAGGCCUAGUGGAAAUGCAAAUUGUUGAAAGGCUCCAGGCAUUUGGUUUGCUUCCAAUGGUGAUGGAAUGUCUGCAAAAUGAACCUACUUGUGAAGUUGUUUGUAAGACAGCAAGAGUUGUAGAUAGGGUCCAAUGGAUUUGCAAAACAUGUAAGAAGCGUCAACCCAUCCGAUCAGGCUCAUUUUUUCUCAAGCUUCAGUGCUCCAUUAUUCAAGCACUGCAAAUGAUUUUAGCAUGGUGUGAAGAUGCCGAUAUUAAUGUUGCCGCUGAAUAUUUUGAUGUAAAGCCGCGUGUUGCUACACUAAUCUAUGACAAGUUGGAUGAAAUGGCAGCGGCUGAAAUAGCAGUUAGCAAAUUGGGUGGUCAAGACACUGUAGUACUGACAGAGAUGUACCCGGAAUGCCUUAACCGACUCUCGCCUGAUACAACAGAUCAACCACAUAUCCAUCCCAUACUUAUGGUUGCUGAUACAAAGCAUGUACCAACUCAGUACAGACUACACAUUAUGAAGGAGCAUUUGAAGAAAAAACCAAAUGUUGAUGGAGAGUAUUUAAAAUCGGAAAUAGAUCAAGUAUUGAAGGAUGUAACAGUGCCCGAGUCGUACCUUGUGAGUGGGUCUACUUUGCCACCAAUAGAGGGCGCACACGCACUAUCGCAACUCACGCAAAAUUGCGAUAUGGAUAUGCAGAGAUUUUUAACAAAUCGCGUAUGGAGCCAGGCAUUAUUAUUAUGUAACGCGUCCCGCGAUAUUUGUAUGGGUCUGCCGUCAUUGUUUUGCGCAGCGCAGGUACAAAGAUACUUGAAUGUUUCUCUAUAUCGUUUGCGAUUCGGUGAUGGAUUUUUCGAGCAUAUGUUGUAUAUUAUCGCGGAAAAAUUUACUGAAAAAUAUGAAUUAUGUACUGAAGAAUAAACUGAGACGUAAUAUGCCUUUUUUAAACACGACGACAUUUACGAUCUUUAAGUAAAUAAGAAAGAAAUAUAAAUAAAAUAGAAAUACAUAAAUGCGAAUGUUUGAUACUGGGUGUGUUCAAGAAAAACUGAGUAUGACGUAGUUUCUCUAUCUUUUUGUCAUCAGCGUUUUUUGUUUUGUUUUUGACGUAGGCAUCGAUGUUAGGGAUCUUAAGGCGGCCCGUGCGGGGUCGUCGUUAAAGAAACUUCUUUCUUGUUUGAACUCAAUACA